AUUAAUUUAUUAUAACACUUUCCUCUAUAUAAGUGCAACAACACAUCUCAUAUCCCACAACAAAUCAUACAGCAAAUUAAGCAUCUCACAUCAAACAGAAAAACUAUUUCAGUAAUCUGUCACUUAACAAAAGAAGUUAUCAGCAUGAGUUCAACAAGCAGAGCUUGGAUGGUAGCAGCAAGCAUAGGAGUAGUAGAGGCAUUGAAAGAUCAAGGCUUGUGUAGAUGGAACUAUGCAUUCAGGUCAAUUCAGCAACAUGCUAAGAACAAUAUCAGAAGAUCAUAUUCUCAACACCCUAAAAUGCUCUCUUCACUUUCCUCUUCUGCUGAUUUGUCUAAGAAGCUUGAAGAUGAGAAAUUGAAGAAGUCUGAAGAAUCACUCAGAACUGUUAUGUAUUUAAGUUGUUGGGGUCCUAAUUGAACCCUCAUUAUUUAUUUAUUUUUCUUAUAUAAAUGUACAGAUAUGCAGCUUUCCUUCAGUUUUACAUGUAUGAGUACCUUCAUCUCUUCUAUGAAUGGAAUUUCAGUAAUUAA